AAGCACAGACCCCUACAAAUCUUUCUCUCUACCAUUUUUCUUCUCUUUGCUCCACUGCAUUUUCUGCUUCUCUUCUCCUGCUUUCACUUUGUUUCCUUUGCUCGAGUGUUCUCUGUUUCUCAUUGAAGUUUGGUUUUUCAACAAAGUGUGUUUCUUCUGGGCUGGAAAAAUGUUUGCAGAGACCGAACUUCUCUUCCCAUAUUUUCGAAAUUUCUCUCAAGAAUUUCAACAACUUGAGGAGUACUGCAUGACCCAAAAGUCCUGUGCUUCAAUGAAUGUUUUCUCACAGUGAUACUCAUAGCACAAGUGGAAACAGCUCGACAUGGCUUUAUGUGCUGGAUCUGGAAAAGUGUUACAAAAGGAAAUAAAAGUUGUAUAGAUGGAAAGUCUUUUUGUUGUGAUACUUCCGUGUUCUAAUGACCUCGUUCAAACUUCUUCUGCAAUCUCAGAAUAUGAUUUGCUAAUAGAGGGAGAUCUGUUCAAAGCACCUGAACCUAUUCUUGAAGAACCAGCAAUAGACCUCGAUCCAGUGGAAGCAGCAAUCUCAAUGAUAUCUUGCGGGGAGGAUGUCCCCUCACAGGGUCUAAAAUCAUCAGAUAUUAAUAUACUUCAAAAUGAACAGCUUCUGAGUGAGGUAUUCUACGAGUGCAAAAAAGAUCUCUUAGAAAAGACAGUGAUAGAGUCACCACUCACUGAUAUUAUGGAAAUCAAGGUUCCACCACUGAACAUUGAGGAUAACUCAAUUGAAGGGAACAAACCACUUCCUCACAUGACUCUACCAAAGAGUAUCAGUUCAGGAAGUCUGAGUUCAAUGGACUGGAUGCAUGGACCUGCAAUGAAGCCAACUUUUCUGGAUUUCCCAGGAUUAGAUUUCAAUGCAGUUUAUGGCAUGCGGAGAGCAUUUAGCGAAGGAGAUAUAAAGACUCUUAAUACUGGCAACACAAGCUUUUGCCAAUCUCCACAGGAGAGGCCUUUUCUUCUAGGAAACUGCACUAGUGAAGAACGUCAAGAAAAGCUCUCCAGAUACAGAAACAAGAAGACAAAGAGAAAUUUUGGGAGGAAAAUUAAGUAUGCUUGCAGGAAAGCUCUUGCUGAUAGUCAACCAAGAAUCCGUGGAAGAUUUGCAAAGACAGAAGAGUUAGAUGUGAAGAGGUAAUGAGUGCUAACUGACCUAGUUGGAAUUGAAAGAAAGCAGGGAAUGCAGUGUUGUAUUGUAUCUGAUGAAGAUGUUUGGAAGGGCUAUCCGCGUGAAAACUAUAGACUUGGUGGAGUUUCUAUAGCUUGAACAAACAAGUUUUGCUGAAUGAAUGAAUAAAUAAAUGAGGCAGAGACCUCAAACUCCUUAGGGUGGUUUGGCCCUUAUCAGCUGUAGUAACCUUCUUGUAGAAUGACCUUCCACGUAUGUAAUGUAAAUAUGGUUUGAUGAAUAAAAGAAUGGAAGAGUAGUUAAGGUUGUAUAAUGUUCAUAUUACAUAUACUCCAAUAAGCAAUGUUUAUUUUUGUUAGUUACAUA